GCGAUUUUAGAAUCGUUUGAUUUAGUCGUUUGAUUUCGUAUUUGUGUUUGCAGUUUAUAGUAUUUAAUUUUUAUGAAUAAAAACCUGUUAUGAUACUUUCCCAACAGCAAUGAUUAUAUUCGCCGUUUUAAGCAGAAACUGACCUUCUGUGCGUCUGGUUGGCGACUAUUUGACGUCAUUGACGUGAGCAAGGUCCAAACGAUCCAAGUUGGAAGAUUUUAAUUUCUAUUAAGAAAAAAAAAUAUAUUGGGAAAACACCCUAACCAGUUUAAACUGCUCUUCUUCGGUUUUGCCUUUUGAAGGAUCUCGUUUACAAUAUAACAGAGCCAGCUUUAUAUGAAUGGUAUGGAAUGCCAAAAUGUCAGUCGCCUUGCUUUAUUUACUAUGACCGCCAUUUCUCGAGUUGAGAUAUUCAUCUCGUGCGCGAAAUCAAUGUUAUCGUCUGCUUAAACUUCUAUUUGCGAGAGGAUAUUCCUCUGUGAGCAUAAACAAUGCCAUUCCAGAUAGGUGGUAAAUUGGGAGAGAGCAGUGAGUCAUUGCCUGGUCAUUUGCAGUGGACUCUUUCUAAAGAUGUAUUCCAGAAAGUCUUAUCAGGCGCAACAUGGUUGUCAAAAUCUACUGCUCAACAUGCUAUAAACACCGAACAUCAACCUUUAUUAAAAGGAAGGAAAAGAAAUUACUCUUACAAUGAAAUAUAUCAAGCUAAGUCUGAAAUCAACUCAUCCCGUUUUGCAGCUCAGAAUAUCAAUGCCAGGAGAGCGCUGUGGCCAUCAGUUAGCAACCUACCUUUUACGAUAUCUGCUCAUGAGCCUGUAACCAUCUCUGAAGUAUGCAGAACUGUCACACCUAUCAUACCACCUAUUCCAGAAGAUCACGAAGGAGUUAACUGGGUCACAGCAGCAUUUUUGCUGGUCAAUGCAGCGCUUGGUAUAGGAAUUCUGAAUUUUCCAGCUGCGUAUGAUUUAGCAGGAGGAAUUGUAUCAGCAACAUGCACACAAUUAGUAAUGCUAGUACUUAUAGUACUAACAAUGCUCAUACUUGCCCAUUGUUCUGAUGUCAAUUUAGAUGUUACAUAUCACGAUGUGUUGCUGUCAAUGUGCGGAAGGAAAGCGCAAAAAUUGGCAGCUGUCUCUAUAUGUUGUACUUGUUACGGUGUAUGUGUUGCCAUUUUCAUCAUCAUUGGAGAUCAGUUAGAUAGGUUAUUUCUAGCGGCUGUAGGUUCGACAUUUUGCCAUCACUGGUAUUUGGAGCGUCAUUUCACCAUUCCAGCUGCCUCUAUAUUCCUCAUUUUACCCAUCUGUUAUUUCAAAAGAGUAGAUUUCCUCAGAUAUGCGGGAUCUCUCGGUAUUUUUGCAAUGUUAUAUCCAGUGUUUUUAACUGUUUAUGGCUACUUCAAAUUGGAUAUUAAAGAUGUUCAUGUUAAAACUGCGCCUGAUAGUAUUCCUAAAUUCUUUGUUGUUAUUCCUGUCCUGUGUUUAGCAUAUCAGUGUCAAGAAGUAGUAGUACCAGUAUAUGCUUGCAUGCGAGAACGAACUUUGAAAAACUUGACGAAAUCCUGCUGUCUGUCAAUGGUUUUUCUCUUCUUAAUUUAUUCAGUCAUUGGUUGCUUUGGUUACUUGACUUUCGGGUCUCUAGUCUCUCCAAAUGUCAUGAAGAUGUACGAUGCCAGUGAUCCAGUUGUCAUGGUGGGCAUUGGAGCACUUAUCAUCAAGAUGGUUGUCACGUAUCCUGUCCUUGCACUUUGUGGAAGGGGUGCCGUGGAUGGACUCUAUUCUGAAUUGCGAAAACUAUCUGCUGCUGAAUUUAUGAUAGGAGAAAAAAGACGUCGAAUCAUCAUUGCAAGCUUGUGGUUCAGCUCAUCAUUGCUAAUUGCACUUUAUACUAAAAGCAUUGGCACUGUGAUUCAUGCUUUGGGAUCAGUCUCUUCAGCUAAUAUUUUCAUUUAUCCUGGAAUUUGUCUCAUACAAGUAACACUACAAACUGAUCGGGAUUUAAAAAGAAAGAAAAGUUAUUUACUAAUUGCUGCAGGUAUUCUUCUGGCAGCCGUUGGUGCUUUCUUCUGUGGAAUCAUCCUUGUAGACUGCUUUAUGAAUGGCAGUGGAAGUGAAGCUGAUGAGGUGCUUUGCUUGUGAUCUAGUCUUGUUAUAAUUUUAACUAAAAUCCUGUUUCAACCUUAGUGUAACAAUCAUAAGUGCAGCAACAAGAGAUAGUGCAUGAAGUAUAUUAAAGCUUAUGUAAUAUUUCAAGAAUGUGUCUUGGACAUACUGAAUAAGUAUUCUUGGCAAAUAAUAGGCAUUUAAAGUUGACUUUUGAGAUUUGGGGAAAUUGGUUUAUCAGUUGAAACAAAUGUCCAUGGAUUAGAUGCUCAUGCAUUUUAACUAUUUAAGAUUUUAAUUGGGAAAAAAAGAUGUGAAUUUGUUUUGUUUUUUUGGUGUAAUUAGGAACUGGUGAAUUAAAAAAUUCACAUCGUGAAAAAAAUUUUCCAAAGAAAUCUAAGAAAACAGAGCUUUUUGUGUGUGUUUAUUUCUGUUUUCAAAGCUUGAUUCAAUAAUUGUAUAUAAAUAAUCAAGAAUAAUUCAUUGUUUGUGAAAAAAAAAUAUGUUUUCCUUAAAUAUUUAUGUAAAUAGUGUAAUUUGUGAAAGUCCUAUCCAUAAUUCAAUUUCUACACGCACAAUCAUUUUGCCUUAUGAUAUUUUGAUUGACUAAACAGAGAGCAUAUCAAAUGUUUAAAAUUAUGCAUUUAAAUUUUUUUUUUCUUGUUCAGUUAUGUUGUUGAAAACUUAAUAAAUUAAACUGACAAAUUAAGUGUCUUUUUGUCAAAAAAGACAUAAAAAGAACUGAACUAUUUCAUCAAUAAUAUGUUAUUAAACUUAUUUAAUAAGGGAUCUAUUGUUAUUUUGGAUAUUGGACUUAUAUUAUAUUGUUUUAAAGUAUAUUAUUGUUUACAUGUAAUUAAAUAAUUUUUAUAAAAUA